GGGCCCCGAUCGAGCCUGGUCAUUGCUAGAGGAAUGUGGUUUGACCCUCGAGCUAUCAGAGAGGUUUACCAGAACCUGCGAUAUCCUGAGGAUUGCCGAGAAAAGGCAGAGGAAUUGGCUACCUCUGGGAAAGGUGGCCCCUUUAGGGGCAGCGAGACCCCGGGAUGUGAAAGCAUCAAAAACAGAUAGAAAACGGAAAGACGAGAUUAACACAUCUUCUGACGUGCCCUUCGGGUGGCUCGAGCAUCCUGCGGUUGUCAGGUGUUGACCAUUAUGAAGUGCGUAGCUGAGUGGCCGAGGGGGCUUUUCUGCACCUGGAACUGAGAACUCAGCAUCGGCACACAAGCGCACAAUGAAGCUUUUCACAGGCCUCAUUUUCUGCUCCUUGGUGCUGGGAGUCCACAGUCAGUGGCUUUCCUUCCUUGGUGAGGCUUAUGAAGGGGCCAAAGACAUGUGGAGAGCCUACUCGGACAUGAGAGAAGCCAAUUACAAAAAUUCGGACAAGUACUUCCACGCCCGGGGCAACUAUGAUGCUGCCCAAAGGGGACCUGGGGGUGCCUGGGCUGCUAAAGUGAUCAGCGAUGCCAGAGAGGAUGUCCAGAGAGUCACAGACUGGUUUAAGCAUGGAGACAGUGGCCACGGAGUGGAGGACUCGAGGGCUGACCAGGCUGCCAAUGAAUGGGGCCGGAGUGGCAAGGACCCCAACCACUUCAGACCUCGUGGCCUGCCUGACAAGUACUGAGCUGCCUCUGCCUCUGCUCAGGAGAUGGGCUGUGAGCCCCCUGAGGGCGGGGACACCCAGCUAGUGAGUUCUCUGUGCACAGAAGCCAGCAGAUCUAAUAAAUGCUUAGGAGAUGGA